UGAUGUGCUACCAGAGAUAUAGACCUUCAAUCGAGUUCGUUUCUGCAUCUUUACCUGUGCGAGUCUCCGUGAAGCACAUCUCUCCCGUUAGAUGAUCUGAUCUGAAUCUUUUACCUGUUGACACUCGGCCUCAGUCUCCUGUCUGGAUGAGCUGCCCUCUCUGAGUCGCCUGCCAGGCUUCAGGAGAGUUAUCUGAACCAGUUGUUUUGAAUUUUGUUUGGUUUUUUGUUGUUUUUCUAAAAACAUCAUGGGUGGCGCGAUGGACGUGUUGAAAUGGUUGUGGUACCACAGAAACUACAUCAUCAUCGUCGUCGUUCCGAUUGCCCUCCUUCCCCUGCCGCUAUACUUCGGCUCACCGGAAGCGAAAUGUGGUUAUGCCAUCUGCCUCAUGGCUCUGUUCUGGUGCACGGAGUGCCUGCCUCUGGCUGUGACCGCGCUGCUGCCAAUCGUCCUCUUCCCCAUGAUGGGCAUCAUGAAAGCUGCAGAUGUGAGUAUAGAGUAUCUGAAAGACUCCAACAUGCUGUUCAUUGGGGGACUCUUGGUGGCCAUCGCAGUGGAAUUUUGGAACCUCCAUAAACGCAUCGCUCUCCUAGUCCUGCUGCUCGUUGGUGUUCGUCCAUCCCUGUUAAUGAUGGGCUUCAUGAUGGUCUCCGCCCUCCUGUCCAUGUGGAUCAGCAACACUGCCACCACUGCCAUGAUGCUGCCCAUCGCCCAGGCUGUGCUGGAGCAGCUGAAGGAAACAGAACUGCAGGCAGAAGUACGGGACUUACAGGCUUCAGCCGAGGACAAUCAGGGCUUUGAGCUUGAGGUUACACAAACCCAAGAGGAACCGGCCGAGGAAAAGAAGCAGGACAUGAAGGAUCAGCUGGAAGAUGGUGAGCAUCAUUAUGAGAGUAUAGAGAACCUGCGGGAGCUCAAGAGCAAAGAACUGGAUGCAAAGUACCAGCAUCUGAUCAAAGGGAUGAGUCUGAGUGUGUGCUACUCAGCCAGUAUCGGUGGCACGGCAACGCUCACCGGCACCACCCCCAACCUCAUCCUCAAGGGUCAGGUCGACAAGAUCUUCCCUGGAAACGGUGACGUGAUCAACUUUGCCAGUUGGUUCGGCUUUGCUUUUCCAAACAUGUUGCUCAUGCUGGUGAUCUCAUGGUUCUGGCUUCAGAUAUUGUACCUGGGCUUCAACUUGAAGAAGUCAUUUGGCUGUGGAGGGAGAAGCGACCGAGACAGGGAGGCGUAUGCUGUGAUGAGAGCGGAGUACAGGAAGCUGGGCAGUAUGAGUUUUGCUGAGGCAGCAGUGCUCAUCAUCUUCAUCCUGCUGGUGCUCCUGUGGUUCACCAGAGAGCCGGGGUUCAUACCCGGCUGGGCUACAGUGCUCUUCAACCAGAACGGCCCCUUUGUUUCAGAUGGAACUGUCGCCAUCUUUAUGUCGAUGCUCUUCUUCGUCGUCCCCUCUCGGCUGCCUUCGUGUGGCAGCUAUGGAUACACUGAUGAAGGUAAACGGGUGAAUGCUCCCCCGACUCUGCUGAACUGGGAGGUGGUCCACGAACGAAUGCCGUGGAACAUUGUCUUGCUGCUGGGAGGAGGUUUUGCCCUGGCUUCCGCCAGUGAGGUAUCAGGUUUGUCCAGGUGGUUGGGCGGUCAAUUGACACCUUUGGCGGAGGUCCCCCCCUAUGCCAUCUCAAUAAUACUGUCCCUGCUGGUGGCGACGUUCACCGAGUGCUCCAGCAACACGGCCACCACCACGCUCUUCCUGCCCAUCCUGGCUUCAAUGGCCGUAUCUAUAAGGAUACACCCUCUAUACGUGAUGCUGCCCUGCACCAUCGCCGCCUCGCUGGCCUUCAUGCUGCCGGUGGCCACCCCACCAAACGCCAUCGCCUUCUCUUUUGGAAACCUCAAAGUCAUAGAGAUGGUGAAAGCUGGCUUCAUGCUGAACAUCAUCGGGAUCCUCUGCAUUAACUUGGGCGUCAACACCUGGGGGUACGCCAUGUUUGACAUGGGCAAUUUCCCCGUAUGGGCCGAGCCCAGACCCUGAGCAAACGUGAAAUAAAAAGCAGGAAUUAAAUAUUUAUGACUUGUUAGAAAGUUAUAUUACAUAUAUUGUACUGCGUGGGGACUACGUGGUGAGGUUUGAUGUGAGCUGGUUGAACACCACUCCAAUGUUGCUCAUUUGUGAGUAGAGCGCCGAAAAAAACAAGACAUCGAAGUGAAAUGGAUAAAUAAAUAAUUUCCAGCUUUAGCAGAUAACAGUUUAUACUUAAAACAAUAUACACAUAAAAAUAUGUCAAACAUUAAUCUGAUCCAAGAUAAAACCCAUUUUAAAGCUCAUGCUAUGUACUGAUUAUAACAAACAACAUUUAAAAUAUAAGCAAACCUAAACUAAUAUUGAACCCUGGUUUAUAGUGAAAUUGGGAUUUUAUAACCAUGGAAGACAAGACAAGACGAGACACUGAGAUAAACCUUAAAGCUGUUAUCAUUAAAGCGAGUGUCCCAGCCGAGCGGCAGAACAUAAGAGAGAUUAUGAAGGUCAUUUCCUCAAAUGUAUUUUCUUGAAUAUAUCGUCAUCUUAUCAGUCUUUUAUCAUUAAUAGUUGACGCCCAUGUAUUUUGAUGAUUGCAGUGAUUUUUCUGAGUAAAGCUGUGUUCAUAGGCAUAAUGGUAAUAAGAGAAAUGUAAAUUAAUUGUAUCAGUUAAUUUAACUUAUUGCGUCGGUCCGUUUGUUGGACUUUUAGUUUUUGCUAUUGGAUCUCUUAUUGUUUGUGUUUUUGUCAAAUUUUUUUACCACAAGCAUGUAUCAUCAUUAUAUUUCUUAUUUAGUAAAAUAAGAAAUAUAAGUGUGAGACUUGAGGUGAUUGUGGUUAUUUAUAUUGUUGUUGUUGUUUUUUUUUAAAAAUCUUAUGUUGGGAAAGUUGUAAAUAUAAAAAGGUUGUAAAAACGACAUAAACACCCACUUAAAUAGCUUAGCCAAGCCCAACUCUGCUCCACUGCUUCCAUAUUACCAUGAAACAUAUUUGUUUGCAAGGUUGGUGGUUGGUGCCCUGCAAAGAAAAAGUCCAUAUACAAAACUUUUUUAAAUAUACUUUCCUUUUUUUCUUUGUAUAAACAAACUUGAAUAAGCUCUCCUGACUCCACCUCUCACUCUACCUACUAGAAACACUGAACAAUCCUUUUCAUCAUGCGGGAACAUAACAUGCACAAAUCAAUAGCAGUGAGGUGUUACUUAUACGGUGUAGAAAUAGUACAGCUGAAAAAGCUGGUUGAAGAAUAACUUUGAGAUAAGAGCGCUGAUGUGACUGCAGUGAAGGUCGCUUGUUAUCACCUUUAUUACAAUGAGAAGCAAUAAAAAUGAAAAUGCAGAGGACAGACGCAGAAUGUGCCUGGAGAAUUAAUAACUGUCUUCCACAGUGCAUGUCACAUGUGAGCCGUGUGUAUGGUGAAAAUAAAGCAUUACCAUCAUGCCAA